AUGCAAAGAAGCUCCAGAAAAGCCAAAUGGAUGAAAAUUCAGGUACUGUUUCUCUUCCUGCUGUCUUUGUUGUGGGGGACUAUCUCCCAGCACAUCCAGUACACAAUUCCAGAGGAGCUGGCUAAAGGCUUGCGAGUGGGGAACGUCGCCAAGGACUUGAAGCUCAGUGUCCAGGAGUUGCCAGCUCGAAAACUGCGGGUUAGUGCAGAGAAUUUCUUCAGUGUGAGUGCAGAGAGUGGGGAUUUGUUAGUGAACGGUAGGAUAGAUCGAGAGGAAAUUUGUGGGAGGAAAUCCGAGUGUGCACUAGAAUUUGAAAUGGUCGCUGAAAAUCCCAUGAAUGUUUUCCAUGUGAUUGUUACAAUCCAAGAUAUUAACGACAAUGCACCACGUUUCAUUGCAAAAGGCAUUGACUUGGAGAUCUGCGAGUCAGCCUUACCAGGUGUAAAAUUCCCUCUGGAUUCUGCACAAGAUGCAGAUGUAGAAAGUAACUCCCUGAAGAUAUACACUAUCAACCCCAAUGAACAUUUCUCCCUGACAACGAAGGGAAGUCCUGAUGGGAGUAAAUACCCAGAAUUACUUCUGGAAAAACCUCUGGACAGAGAACAGCAGAGUUCCUACCAGUUAAUCCUGACUGCCAUAGAUGGUGGAGACCCUCCGUUAAGUGGAACCACCCAGAUCCAGAUUCAGGUCACUGAUGCCAAUGAUAAUGCUCCAUUGUUCAGCCAGGACACAUACAGUGUUAACAUCCGAGAAAACGUGCCCUGGGGGACUUCUGUGUUGCAAGUGAUGGCCACCGACCAGGACCAGGGCGUUAAUGCAGAGAUUACCUAUGCCUUCCUCAAUGCCCCAACAAGUACCAGCCUUCUCUUCAAUCUCAACCCAAAUACUGGUGACAUUACAACCAAUGGUACAUUGGACUUUGAAGAGACCAGUAGAUAUAUGUUGAGUGUAGAGGCCAAGGAUGGAGGGGUACACACUGCUCACUGUAAUGUUCAGAUUGAAAUUGUUGAUGAGAAUGACAAUGCCCCAGAGGUCACGUUGAUGUCCUUUUCUAACCAGAUUCCCGAGGACUCAGACAUUGGAACCGUAAUAGCUCUCUUUAAAGUGAGAGACCGAGACUCUGGGGAAAAUGGACUGGUGAGGUGCUAUAUUCAGGAAGAAGUUCCCUUCAAAUUAGAAUCCACCUCCAAGAAUUAUUACAAGUUGGUGAUUGACAAUGCCCUAGAUAGGGAACAGAUGGCAGAGUACAAUGUCACCAUCACAGCCACUGACGAGGGCAAGCCAUCCCUAUCCUCCAGUACAGGCGUCACCCUGCAUAUCAGCGAUGUCAACGACAACGCGCCGGUUUUCCACCAGGCCUCCUACGUGGUCCGCGUGAUGGAGAACAACCCUCCAGGAGCCUCCAUCGCCCAAGUCAGCGCCUCCGACCCCGACCUGGGACCCAACGGCCACGUCUCCUACGCCGUGACUGGAAUACGGGCACGCUGGCGUCCUCUCGUGGGCGCGCCGGAAGCGGCGUGGUAUUCAGCGCAGCGCCUUGACCGGCAACUCUUGCGCUGCUCCAGCUAAUGAUUGCAGGCCGGAAUGGGAGCUUCGCCGCUCGCCUCCAGCGAGCCUGCCGUGCGUCAACCACCCGUGGGGCCGAUGACUCGGCGGCUCUUCGACACACGCGCUGGCGCCCGCGCGCCAGCCAGCCUGGUCACCAAGGUGGUGGCGGUGGACGCCGACUUCGGGACUAAUCGCUUGGCUUGUAUCACGCUUGCAGGCCAGAAGGAGCUCGGACUCUUUUCAGUCUGGUGCGCGCGGGCAGGUGUCCAGCGCGUGCUUGAGGCUAUCUGGGGAUCGCAUGCACGCCAGCUGCCCGCUGAGGUGGCCGCGGCGGGACACUCGCCCCUCUCUGCCACCGCCACGUUGCACCUGGUUUUCGCCGACAGCCUCCAAGAAGUACUGCCGGAUGUCAGCGACCGCCCGGAGCCCUCUGACCCCCAGGCCGAGCUGCAGUUUUACCUGGUGGUGGCUUUGGCCUUGAUCUCGGUGCUCUUCCUCCUUGCGGUGAUUCUGGUUGGUGCUGCCAGCCCGCCCCUCGACCCGGCCUGGGGCUGCUUUCAGUCAGGCCUCCGUUCCAAAUCUGGACCUGGGGUUCUCCCCGAUUACAGAGAAGGGACUUUGCCUUAUUCCUACAAUCUGUGCGUUGCCUCACAAUCAGCCAAGACAGAGUUUAAUUUUUCCAACCUGAAACCAGAAAUGACUCCGCCUCAGGAUCUUCUUUGUGAAGAUCCUUGUAUGGAUGUAUGUGCCCGCAGUGAAGACCCCCAAAUCGCUUAUGACUCGUCUUUUGCCUCUCACGUGAGUUUCUGCAAACAUGCUUUUAUUCUCAAUUGUGCAUAA